GAACCUUUGCUGAACCUACGGGCCACAGAGUUGCUUAGCAACGUUUGAUUACAUUGCUAGUGCGCACCUGACACAGUACCCAAACAGCCAUGCUGCUAGAUAGCUAGCUAGUAGCUACACUACUAGGUAUUUUAAGCUCUUUGUUUAAGAUAGCUAAAAGUUGAAGUAAACUAGGGUUUUGUUGGUCACUUUGUGUUUAAUAAUGAGGUAGUUUAUAGUUGGUAAAGCAUAUCAAACAUCAUUUUGGAGGCUACGGAACAUUUCCUCUCACAUGAAGAAAAGUUUUGCUAGCAGAGAAACUAGACUACAGUAGCCUACAGUACUGUAGCUAAACAGUAAGGAUUGCCAGGCAUCUUCAGGACAAGCUAGCGAGACUGAUAGCCUUGCUAAAAUGGACUUGUAUCAUGUUUUGGAGAUGAUAGGAGAAGGCUCAUUUGGGCGAGUUUAUAAAGGACGUAAGAAAUUCAGUGGUCAAGUGGUGGCACUGAAGUUUAUCCCUAAAGUUGGUCGCUCUGAGAAAGAGUUGCGAAGUCUUAAAAGAGAAAUUGACAUCAUGAAGGGACUUCGACACCCGAACAUUGUCCUCUUGUUGGACAGUGUUGAGACUGAAAGAGAGGUGGUUGUUGUUACUGAGUACGCAGAAGGCGAGUUGUUCCAGAUCCUCGAGGACGAUGGCAACUUACCAGAGAGCCAGGUCGCUGAGAUUGCCCACCAGCUAGUGUCUGCUUUAUAUUAUUUACAUUCACAUCGGAUCCUUCACCGUGACAUGAAACCACAAAACAUUCUUUUGGGAAAAGGUGGUGUUGUAAAGCUGUGUGAUUUUGGGUUUGCUCGAGCAAUGAGCGUUUCUACUUUGGUCCUGACUUCCAUCAAGGGAACACCUCUCUACAUGUCCCCAGAGUUGGUCGAAGAGAAGCCCUAUGACCACACUGCUGACCUUUGGUCUUUGGGCUGCAUUCUUUACGAGCUCCACACGGGGGUGCCACCUUUCUACACUAACUCUAUCUUUCAGCUUGUGCGGCUCAUAGUGAGAGAUCCUGUCAAGUGGCCAGAGAACAUGAGCCAACCCUGCAUGAGUUUCUUGAAGGGAUUAUUGACCAAAGACCCACAGAAGAGAUUGUCAUGGCCCGACCUCCUCAAACACCCUUUUGUUGCAGAUGGAGUUGUAGUGCUGUCAGAUCCCAGUGCAUCCAGCCCUCUGACAGUGACCCCCAGCCCAGACAUGCAGGCUCUGAAGCUUCAGCAAGUGGCAGAGAAGGCACCGCAGCAUGGUGGUGAGAGCCGGCUGCUGCGCAAGGCCACGGAACAAAGAGACAAGGAAAAGAGGAGCAGACAGAUUGGAAAUAGAAAGGCAGGACCCCAAAGGACAGCCCCGUCAGUAAAGAUCCCCUCCCAAGAAUCCCCAGCUGCCCCCUUAAUGUGUCUGGAUCAGGACAUGGCCCACGCUGCAGACAAUCUCAGCCUCACUACCACGCAGCCAACCAAUGAGACAUCCGCCGUGAGGGGUCAGAUCAGCCAUGAUUAUGAGAAAGAGUUCCCCUCGGUGGAGAUUGGACCUCGGCAGGUACGGAAGCACCCUGAGGAUGGCCGCAGCAGCCUGAGCUCAGUGAGGAUGCACAGUCAGGACGUGGACAGUGAUGAGGAGUGGGAGCAGUUGGUCCGUGAAACAGACCCAAGACGGCACACCUCUAACACCAGUAGUCAAACCAUCAUUCCUAAAUUGAAAAGGAAGUUACUGACAUCCAAAACUCAGUUGUUAGAUGGGAUUCUGGAAGGAGCCUGCCAGAUUCGACAGGCACUGAAGGUUUUAAACAACCUGAUCUUGACCUCGGUCCCAAAGGACUCCUUCCACAUUGGACGUGAAGUUGAGCUACCUCAUUUCCUGUUUGACUUGGUUCAAGAUAUUGUCGAGAGCCCAGUGGUUACCAAGCAACCAUGGUGUGACAGUGUACUUGGAGAAGUGAUGGUGGUGCUUUUGGUGUACUGGGAGAAACACGAUGACGGGGAGCAAGCUGAGAGCAGAUUGGAAGACUCCUCCAAGCCCUUUGUCAAGAUUUUGCUUCGCCCAACCCCCAACUCUUUGGCACCUCUGGCAGCCUCAGUUCUGACCAUGUUUAUCCACAGUGGAGGGUCUGUGGAUAUUAGUAUGGACAGGCUGACGCCGCAGAUCUCAAAUCUCCUCGACUCAGAUCAGUCCAGCAUUACUUUGCCACCAGGCUGGGGUUAUUGUGACGGCCUUCUGUCAUUGGUCCUACACACACUCUCAGAGCAUGAAAACGAUCCAUUAUCAGCAUCUAUUGAUUCAAGUCUUUUGAACCAGCUAUGGCAGAGAGUUAAUACCUCACUGGAAAAGACAACACCAAAAACAAACGUCUGUUCAUCAAAUGGUCUGUAUGCCUUCCUGUCCAUUGCUCUGCUUGUCCUCACCAAGGAUCCAUACUCCUGCGUUCCUCUGUUCUCAGAGAGUGACACAAAGUGCAUAGCCACCCUGGGACAUCUGCUCAACACUGAUUAUGUUCAAUUGCUGUCAGAGGAGAGUCCUGGUCAAUGUUGGGGGGACUCCAGUUCAAGCAACCUGUCGGUGUUGAGCUGCCAUCUACUCUGUUUCCCAUUUGCCCUCGACUUGCCUUCGGAGACCAUGGCCAAGCUGCUCCAGUUGUACCACAGCUGUGGCAUUGUCUCUGGCCUGCUGCAGGUGAUGCGAGCACUUCCUCAAUCUCUACUGGAGCUGCCCCUGUCUCUGCUGUGCCGUCUGCUUCUGUGCGACCCAGGGCGCUCUGUCCCCUGUUUCACAGCAGCCGGCGGGGCCUGUAGCUUCUUUUCCGGUCCCAGGGAUAGGGAAGGCAAGCAGAAUGCCUCCAGUGACCAAGGCCCUGCGUCUGAGAAUAGAACCGCGAGCUCUCUGCUCUCUGCCCUCCUGCGGCUAGAGGCCCUGUGGGGCUCCGCUGUGGAGCUCCUGACGCUGCUGUCCCAGGCAGCCCGCUGCUCUUCCAGCUCCACCUGCUUCCAGCUCCAGCUGGAGCCCACGGUCCUGCAGCAGGCUCUGGUUCACUCAGACGACAGGGUCAGAGCUGCUGCAUGCAGCCUGCUGGGGCACCUGGACCCGUUUGUGCAAACGUCCACAAGUGACCCAAAAUCAGCUUUGACACCUGCCACCUUCAAAGAUAUGAUUGGCUGUCUACAUGACCGUUCUCUCUCUGUCCGGCGGAUGUCCUGCAGGGCAGUGGGGAAUUGGCUGGGUUUGAUAGGACGAGCAGAGGUAGGAACUCUGAAAGGGGUGGGGGCCUGUGCCGUGCCAGACGGAAUAAAGAGCAAGGACCAUAGUGUGUGUGCACAGGUAGGGGCAGGAAGAAAUGCAGGCUCAUUAGUCAGGAAGCAAAUGGACAAGGAGGAGAUGAAUAUAUGGAUUGAAGAGACCAAGAGGGCGUCCACCAUGUUGCCGUCCCUUAUGACAGACCCUGAUGCCCUCACACGAAGGCAUUGCUGUGCAGCUUUGGGAAACAUGGCUACCGUGGACAGGGGGGUGUCCACACUGCUAGAGGGAGAUGUGCCUCGCCUGCUUCUCAAGACUGCUUGUGCUGAUUCCCAUAAUGCAGUGAGACAAGCUGCCAAUGCAACCCUGAUCUUGUACAGUCAGCAGGAUACACUACGACAGGCUCUGAUGUCCCUUGAUGCACUUGAGAAACUUCACCAGGCUUCACAGCAUGCACCUCCACAGUGUGACUAUCAUCAAAUCAUUGACCAGCUAUGAGUGGGUGAGAAAUCCAUGUGGUAGGAUGGAAAAGCCAGUUGCUAAGCUUUGAUUCUACUUUCUGACAUCUUCUUGUACUCUGAAGUGGUUGCAAUUUUUUUUUGGUUCUUUAGAGAAAUGCAGUCCUCAUAUUUGUAAUUUGAGUAUAACAACAUCAGAUCAUUUGAAAAGCAAUUUGACAUGUCAUGUUAUAAAGGUAUACAAAUAAUUUGGGUAUAACACUUCUUAUCCACAAUGCUGACUACUUGAAAUGGAAUGGCUAUGAAGUGAUUUCUUUCUUGUUUAAACUCCAUUUGUUGCUGUGUUCAAAUGUCAGACAGUUUAACAAUGUUUGGCAAGAAUUGAACUGUGGAUUAAAUAUCAAGUAUGAAAUUAUA